ACGGUGCCGGUGGAUACAGAAAGGAAGCCCUGUAUGAACUAUCACCAUCUCGGUGCUGCCUGAGCUGAAUGUGUUCAGCAGCGCAGGGACAGCGAAACUGAAAGGGGUUUGAAUCAGGAAGUGCUGAGGGUGAACAUGGCUUUCAGACAGCAGGUCCUGAGUUUGACCGAGGAGGUAAUCUGUCCCAUUUGUCUGGAUUUCUUCACCGAUCCAGUUUCACUGGAGUGUGGACACAACUUCUGCCGCUCCUGUAUCACCCAGAGCUGGGAAAAGCAGGAGAUAAACUCCUGCCCGGAAUGUAGACAGGAGUUUCCAGACAGAUCCCUCAGAGGAAACCGGGCCUUAGCGAAUCUGGCCGAGAAAGCUCGAACAUUAAAUCUGAAUCCACAAGAGAAGGAAAGUAAACAUCACUGUGAGGAACAUCAGGAAGAACUGAAGCUGUUUUGUGAAACUGACAAGAAAUUGAUCUGUGUGAUUUGUAGAGAUUCCCGGGAACAUAAAUCUCACAACUUCAUCCAGAUCACAGAAGCUGUUGGAAUCGACAAGGAUCGGGUGAAAUCUUCCUUGGAAUCUCUCACAGGGAAGAAAUCGGCGGCUCUAGAAAUGGAGCGGCAGCAGAAACAGCAGAUUUCAAAAAUUCGGGAGGAAUCCAGCAGCCUGCAGACCCACAUCAAAUCCGAGUUCACUAAAAUGCACCAGAUGCUGUCUGAGAAAGAGCAGAGUUUACUCCGAGAUCUCAGAGAACAAGAGGAAAACAUUCUCAAACCAAUGAAGCGAAAUCUUUGUAAAAUUCAAGAUAAUUUAAAUUCUCUUCAGGAGAAACUCUCAACGUUGGAGAAACAGUUGGAACGAAAAGACAGAGUGGUAUUUCUGAAGGAGGAAGCAUCUCGGGAGAGGAGGAUUAGUGAUAAUAGUAAUGAGCUCUCACUAACAGAUGGUGCCCUGUCUCCCGAAAAUUUCAACAUUGUUUUACCAUUUCUUGUGUGGAACGAAAUGCUGGAAACUAUUAAACCUGUAGAAGACUUUGAAAACUUCCCAAAGAUAACUGAAAGUCAAAAGAUGAUGGUGAGUGGGAUCUUCCAAGAGAUAUUAGCACUUGCUUUGUAUAAUAUAGUUCACGUUAUUCUUCUGUACUGUUUUGCUAUAAGUACAUUGGGAGCCUUCUGUGAACAUAUUCAGUGA